AUGCGUGUACCGGGCGGCCCUGGCGAAUACUAUAAACUGGAACAGAACGGCCUGGCCCGGAUGUGGCAAGGGCCAUUCGAAUUCCAUAUAUGCGAGCCUCAUAACAGGACUGGCGCGCUGCCACGGCUAACGCCUAGCAUAUACGACGCGCUAUACGGCCGAAGGAUCGACUUCAUAGAGAAGGAGGUCGAAGACCCUAUCCAACGCAACAGCAAGUGGAAGCGGAUUGAGCUAGUUAUCCAGUGGCCCGGGUACCCUUCCAGAAGACAAUGGAUCGGAUUAACCAAGCGGUCUAAUUUCAAAGAGGCAUGGCUAUCACGCGCAGAGCUGUACGUCCGUAUCUGUGAAGCGUACCGCGCAUUCUUCGAGGACAUGAGAACUAGUGGUGUGGAGUCGACAGAACCGGACUGGACCGUGUGGUUGUCGCGCACGGACCUGAAGCGGCUUUACGUGGUCGCGCUGUGGUUCUGCGGCGAGCAUAUCUUCUACGCUGAUGUCGACUACGACGUGAUGGUUCCCGCGCCCGCGUGA